CAAUACGGACUCCCCCAUUUUGCCAUUUCCUCAAAAAUGCCCUUCCGAACAGUUCAAGGAAAAUUUGUUGGUAAAAUAAAUUAUUUAAGUGCAAAAAUUUCGCACCAACUGUAAUGGUUGUUGUUAAAAGUCUAGCAAGAUGUAUAGAGAAUUGUUUGCUGUAUUAGUAUAUUUUGUACAUUUUGGAAAAACUCAAUGGGAAUGUGCGCUGAUAAUAUUGCUAGCUAUAACUACCGUUUGUAAAGCGGAAUGUCAGACUCGGCAAAUUUACUGCUACGAGUGCGAUAGUUGGUCCGAUAUGCGUUGCAAAGACCCGUUUAACUAUACGGCAUUGCCGAAGGACCAACCGCCCUUGAUGACCUGCAACGGAUGCUGUGUUAAAAUGGUUAGAAAUGCGAAAUCACCCUACGAAGUGGUAAGAAGAACCUGCACGUCGCAACUCCAAAUAAAUCUGUUCAUGGUCGAUCACGUGUGCAUGAUGGAAAGUAGCGGGACGGGUCACAUGUGUUUCUGUGAGGAGGACAUGUGCAACAAGGCCGUGCCUCAAACGGGGCUCGUUUCUCACGCUGUAGCCUCGCUAGUGACCGCUGUAGUGCUGCGCCUGUUCUGCUGCAUGAUUAGUUAGACCCUACUCGGAUUUUUUUUUCAGUGAACCCACUUGUAAAUAUACUUUAACCCAAAUAGAUGGAUUCGGUGGAAUUUGGAAUCAAACCAACUCACGUUGGAAAAAAGGCUAUUCCAUGUAGUCUAUUUACUUCCAAGAUAGGCAGUGCUAACGUAAUAAAUGCACAUUAAUUGGUACAUACGUUGUCAAGUUGCAGGGGCGUUAAAUAGACCAAAAGGCAACCUUCUAAACUGGAACAAACCUCUUCCAGGAAUGGUAAAAGCUGUAUACUCUUGAGAAAAUAUACUAUGAAUUCAGAUGAAUUUAAUAAAUCAUCAUUAUUCAGCCUCAACUUUUUCUACUGCUCCGUCCCAAGACAUUUCAGUGCUAUGUUGGUUAUCUCUCCACUCAUCUAAUGUCAGUCAUUUCCCACAUAAUUCUGCAUCAUCUGCGUCUCCAGUGUUGUCAUUUAUAUUCAAAUACCUAUUGGUCAUCAUUUUUGUUUUUUGAUAUGUUUGAUCCAGUGUUGUAGCUCUGUAGCCUAUCUUGAAACUGAAUAGACUAGGAUUAAUAUUGGAACGUUAUCCACAAAAAUCCUCAUUCCUAAUUCCUCUUUAUGUAGCAUAUCACACAAGUAACGUAAAACAAUAUUGUUUCAUAUCACUUCUCUAUACAUAUUUAUCGGUGUUCAACUAUUGAUGAAUGUAUUUUGCUCAACGCAUAUUAUUAAAUGUCACCAUUGCGAGAUUCGAACAUAGUGCUUAUAAAAUGAACCAUAAUUUCAUGUCAAUUAAAAAUAAAUGCUUUUGAGUUUCAAGCUUUCUCCAUCAGUUUUCCAUUUCCAUUAGACUCAUUUUAAGCAGAAAACUAACUAAGUAUCUCUCUAUUUAAACUUAAGCAUUAUGAAGAGUCCAAUUUUUCGCGAAAAAAAAAAGCUUUAAACUACAAUAAUGUAAUUAUAACUCUAUGAUAUAAUAUAUAAGGCCAUUACUUGAUGAAUUAAGGACCUGCAACAGUACCCCCAGUGAAUAAAGGUAAAGGUGAAUUUUAUAUUUUUAUUUUUCAUCUCAUAUAAGCAAUCACUAUAAUAUACUGAGUUUUUUUUAUAGCAUGGUGUUUGCACGAUUUGCACCUAGUUUAAGGAUGUUUCUAUUUUCCUCUAUUUAAAAAUUACUUUGUACAAAAUUAGGAUUAAGUUAGACUUAGUUAAUUUUAGUGAUUGCACCUGGUAUUGCUUCUUUUUAGCUAGAAUUUAACUUCUUUCAAGUUUGAAAUUAGAAACAUUCUAAGGGCACAUUAUAAUAAUAGUAAAAAUUCUGUAGAGUGACAAACAAAAAUCUCGACAGAAUCAUUAGAGAGUGAGCAUGCAGAGCUUAUUAGAAUCAUUGAUUUUGAAAAAAAGUUUACUAAUUUCGUAUUUAGUAACUAGAAAUUACUAAUAACAUAUUCAAUUUAGGUCCCCUCACAGAAGUAAUCGGCCUUUCUUUGUUAUUUUUAUUGUGUGCAUGCCUAAAAUUUUGUUAAUAUUGUCGGCUUUUUUCUUGAUAUUGUGCUUUUUUUCGUAUCUGGAACAAAGCUGAUAUAACAAAAUUUUAGGAGACGAUAAUUUAAACUUAAGCUAAAUUUACUGUUUAUAAACAUAAAGUCCAUCUACUUUAUAUAGGCAAGAAAAUUUGUCAUGAGAUGAUCGCCUCAAUAUCAAAUAGACUGGGCCUUGUAAAAUUAAUAAAUGUUAUUAGGAUUUAAGGAAGAUGUUCUAAAUAUUUAUAUAAACUGUUCGGCCAAAAUCUAUUGCAGUAAUUUUUAUUUAUUGUAAUAAAUAUUAUUAUGGCGUAGAUUUAAAGUUAAAGUGUUGUUAUAUUGAAAAGUUUGUACAAAGUCUCAAUAAACCUAAUUUAUGCCAAAAUUAUUGUUCUUUUGGAAAUUGUUGUUCAAAAGACAAUUCUUUUGAUUGGGAAGGGGUUUUUU